AAACAGGUCUUUAAGAACCCAUUUUUUUAUAAAAUGAUUUAAUUAUGUGCAAAUAAAGAAGCUCAAGACUAUUUUUGUACUCAAAUUAAGAUUAGAUCCUUAAGUGAAUUUAGUUAACAAAAUUUCAAGAAAAAUGGACCGAAUAUUGCGUGGAAUCAUGCGGUACCGAAACACAACAAGAGCCACUAUGGUCGAAGAAUUCCGAAAAGUACGUGAUAACCCCCAACCGAAAGCAGUCUUUUUCACAUGUAUGGAUUCUCGAAUGAUACCCACAAGAUUUACUGAUACACAUGUUGGUGAUAUGUUUGUGAUUCGUAAUGCUGGAAAUUUAGUGCCUCAUAGUCAUUUCUUCCAAGAUGAGUACUAUUCAUGUGAACCAGCUGGUCUCGAGUUAGGCUGUGUAGUUAAUAACAUUCGACACAUCAUCGUUUGUGGACAUAGUGAUUGUAAGGCAAUCAACUUACUGUAUCAGCUUCAAUGCUCGAAAUUUGCAUCGAGAAAAAACAGAAUCUUAUCGCCUUUGAGAAGUUGGCUUGCAACACAUGCUGGUACAAGUCUCGAAAAGUUUCAAUAUCUCCAAGAGCAUGGUUUUGAGAAGCCAUUAAUGUUCACAGCAGAAACGCCACUAAGGAAAUUUGUUGCCUACAUCGAUCCGGACAAUAAGUUUGCGAUCGAAGAUAAAUUAUCACAAAUCAACACGUUACAACAACUUCAGAAUGUCGCUUCCUAUGGAUUUUUAAAGAAACGUUUAGAGCAAUUCGACCUGCACAUUCACGCGCUUUGGUUUGAUAUUUAUACUGGAGAUAUUUACUACUUUAGUCGGCAACAGAAACGAUUUGUAACUGUUGCUGAAGAGACAAUUGAAAAGAUUAGUGAUGAAGUAACGAAAUAUUAUACCUAAACUUUGUGUGCUUUGGCUUUAAAGUCAAUUCCUACAUAUUUAGAAUUAUGAUUUACAGUGCAAAUUUUAUUUUAAUUUAAUGUACAGAAUUAUAUUAUUUUUUUAUGCUGCAAG